AUGUCCGGCAACGAGGAUGACUACAAACAGCAUCAACAGAACUGGGAGGCCAAGCGAGACGAAGGCUAUACUGACAAGGACGAGUGGAUGAAGAAUGAGCAAGCCAACAAUGAAGAGAUGCUUGCUGAAAUGGAAGCGGGUCGCGAAGAGGCACGCGAUGAAUACGGCGACGACGCUGACGAGGGACAUGACGACCGCAUCGAGAAGCUCAAAGACACGGAGCAAACGGUGCGAAACAGAAUUGCGUAUCUGAAGGGUGAAUACACAUAUGAUCACGAGCAAGAAUCGGAGUCUGAGCCAGAAGCGGGAUCUGGGGAUGAGCAAGAACAAGAGCUUGCGGUAGAGGAAUCGUCGGAUAUGGAACUUGAUUCGGAUAGUGAUUAG